AUGGCAUCGCCAGCUUGGUUACCACAGGAAGUGAAGCCAUCCGUGUCUCAAUCCCCUGUAUCUGUUUCACCUGCUGGUGGCGCUUCAACACAAACUUCAGCUUCACUCGUUUCAAGUGUAGGCCCACAUACCUCUAAUAGCUCAGGUGGUUCUACAACUGAUUCAAUACAAGAAUCUUUGCAGGCUAAAUUCUCCAAUGCACCCAGCUUUGCGGUUCCCGCACCUUCAUUCUCUUACGGUGUGCCUCCCAAUGCAAACAUCAGUUUUGGAGCCUCUCAGCAGUCAUCACCUGGUUCUGCAAUUCAGUCUAAUCCGCCUGCAUCUCCAAGGGUUCAGCCCCCGGUUCCUGGCUUGUCUUCUUCUGCCAGUCCCUCUUUUUCAUACAACAUUCCAAAAUCUGGAUUUUCUUUCCCUAAUAACCAGCAGUUUCAAUCUGGCAUGAAUAUCCCACCUGAUUUGGCACAAGAAACUGGUAAUGUCUCAUUGUCAUCAACUAGCUCUCAUUCUGGUUCGUUGCCUGCUCCUACUUCUUCAAGUUCCACAAUGAAUCUAUCAUCAGCUCCUAAUAUGGGCACAACAACUUCAUGGGUUCCUACUGCCCCAUCUUUUAAUUUGACUUCUGGAAUGCCUGGAACUCCUGGGACCCCUGGCCCCCCAGGAAUAGCACACCCUGUGCAAAUAUCCUUUAAUCCGACUGCACCGUCUGCGCCCAUUGAUUCUUCUUCUGUAGCCCUUAGACCUAGCAUGCAAAUGGCUCCUGUCGCGUCAUCAGCUGUUCAGCCACAAGUAGGCGCUCCUUACUCAUCUUUAUCUUCUAUGGGCGCUCCUCCUCAGGGAGUCUGGUUGCAGUCCCCACAGAUAGGAGGCUUUCCUAGGCCACCGUUUUUGCCAUAUCCUGCUGCUUUUCCUGUUCCCUUUCCUUUGCCUGCACAUGUUAUGCCUCUCCCUUCUGUUCCUUUACCCGAUUCUCAGCCUCCCGGUGUCACCCCUGUGGGAAAUACUGCAGCAAUUUCUUCGCCUUCUGCUGCUUCUGGUCAUCAACUGGCUGGCUUUUCAGGGAUACAGAUAGAAUUACCUCUUCCUGGUAUUGGCAACGAGAAUAGAGCUUCUGUUAAUGAACAAUUGGAUGCCUGGACUGCCCACAAGACAGAGACAGGAGUUGUAUACUAUUAUAAUGCUUUGACUGGCGAAUCAACUUAUGAUAAGCCCCCUGGAUUUAAGGAGGAGCCUGAUAAGGUCUCUAUGCAGCCAACUCCAGUUUCAACGGUAAAUUUAUCUGGAACUGAUUGGGUAUUGGUCACAACAAGCGAUGGGAAAAAGUUUUACCAUAAUAGCAAAACCAAGGUAAGCAGCUGGCAGAUCCCGAAUGAAGUGAUAGAAUUGAGAAAGAAGCAGGAUGCUGAUGUACCAAAAGAACAUCCAGUAUCAAUCCCAAAUAACAAUGUAAUGACUGAAAAAGGAUCUGUUCCGAUUAGUUUGACUGCUCCAGCCAUUAACACGGGUGGUCGUGAAGCCAUGGCUUUUAAACCAUCAGCUGUGCAGGGAACAUCAUCUGCACUUGAUCUGAUUAAGAAGAAGUUGCAGGAUUCUGGAGCUCCUGUUACUUCCUCACCAGUUCCAGCACCAUCAGAAUCAAAUGGUUCAAGAGGAGUUGAGAGUACACCUAAGGGCCAGCAAAGCGAUAAUAGUAAAGAUAAGCUAAAAGACAUCAAUGGGGAUGGCAACUUGUCUGAUUCCUCAUCAGAUUCAGAGGAUGCAGACAGUGGGCCAACAAAGGAGGAGUGUAUUACCCAAUUCAAGGAGAUGCUUAAGGAACGAGGAGUGGCACCAUUCUCGAAGUGGGAGAAGGAACUGCCAAAGAUAGUGUUUGAUCCACGAUUUAAGGCCAUUCCAAGUCAUUCAGCUAGGAGGUCGUUGUUUGAGCACUACGUUAAAACACGUGCAGAGGAAGAAAGAAAGGAAAAAAGAGCAGCUCAGAAGGCUGCAAUAGAGGGAUUUAAGCAGCUAUUGGAUGAAGCAUCAGAGGAUAUUGAUCAUAACACCGAUUACCAAAGUUUCAGAAAGAAAUGGGCCAAUGAUCCACGCUUUGAGGCUUUAGAUCGAAAGGAUCGUGAGCAUUUGUUGAAUGAAAGGGUCCUUCCAUUGAAGAGGGCUGCUGAAGAAAAGGCUCAAGCAGCGCGUGCUGCUGCUGCAACUAGUUUUAAGUCCAUGCUUCAAGAAAAAGGAGAUAUUACUGUUAGUUCUCGUUGGUCCAGGGUGAAAGAUAGUCUGCGGAAUGACCCAAGAUACAAAUCUGUUAGGCAUGAGGAUAGGGAAAUAUUAUUCAAUCAGUAUAUAUCUGAUCUAAAAGCUGUGGAGGAGGAAGCAGAACGAGAGGCAAAAGCUAAGCGGGAUGAGCAGGAGAAACUGAGGGAAAGGGAGCGAGAAUUGAGGAAGAGGAAGGAAAGAGAAGAACAAGAAACGGAGAGGGUGCGACUGAAAGUUCGCAGGAAGGAGGCAGUUGCUACUUUUCAAGCUUUACUUGUGGAAACAAUUAAAGAUCCUCAGGCAUCUUGGACAGGAUCUAAACCUAAAUUGGAGAAGGAUCCACAAAGGCGUGCAGCCAACCCCGACUUAGAACCAUCUGACAUGGAAAAGCUCUUCCGGGAACACAUAAAGAGGCUAAAUGAGCGAUGUGCGCAUGAGUUCAGAGCUCUGUUGGCUGAAGUCUUGACUGCAGAAGCAGCGUCCCAGGAGACCGAAGAUGGAAAAACCGUUCUAAAUUCGUGGUCCACAGCAAAACGUCUUCUAAAGUCAGAUCCUAGAUACAAUAAGAUGGCAAGAAAAGAGAAGGAAGUGUUGUGGCGACGAUAUUCCGAAGAAAUGCUACGGAAGCAAAAGUCAGCACUUGAUCACAAGGAAGACAGGAAAACAGAUGCUAAAAGUAGAAGCUCUGUUGACGGUGGAAGAGUUCCCUUUGGAUCUAGGGGUACCCAUGACCGAAGAUGA